AUGCGCUCUUCUGCUGCGGCCGUCCUGCGCGGCGCAUCCGCCCCUGCCCGGCGAUGCGCACGCUGCCACGCCUCCACGGCGCUCACCGCGCGCUUCACGACAACAACGCGCGAUGCCGCACCCCUCGUCCAAACACCUCGCAGCAUGAACCAGCGUAUCGCGGCAGCAGUCCCGUCGGCCUCGCACCGCCAACGCUUCUCCCAGCAGACGCCGCGCCGCGCCGAUACCUCCGACCAGCCCCCGCCGGCGGCUCCGUCGACGCACUACGACCUCUUCCCGUCGACCCUGCCCCUCGGCCCGCCGCCGCAGGGCCGCUUCCCCAUCGACACGCGCGCCCUGCGCCGCGAGUUCCUGCAGCUGCAGGCCCGCGCGCACCCGGACAUGCACCCGCCCGGCGCCGCCAAGGCGCGCGCCGAGGGCCUCUCGGCGCUCAUCAACGAGGCGUACAAGACGCUCGCCAACCCGCUGCUGCGCGCGCAGUACCUGCUGUCCCUGCGGGGCGUCGACGUCGCCAACGACGAGCGGCUCAAGGUCGACGAGCCCGCGCUGCUCAUGGUGGUGCUCGAGGCGCGGGAGGAGAUUGAGGACGCGGCGCGCGAGGAGGACCUCGCGGGCCUGCGCGAGCAGAACGAGGACAGGAUCGCCAAGGGCGAGGAGGCGCUGGAGAGGGCGUUUCGCGACGACGACGUCGAGGCGGCCAAGAAGGAGGCCGUCCGGAUGCGGUACUGGGUGAAUAUCAGGGAGAGCUUGGAUAACUGGGAGCCGGGCAAGCCGAUUGUACUGGAGCACUAG